AUCUUUGAUAGGACCUAACAAAUUCGACUUCCGCAACUCGUUAUGACAGAACCCGCUGAUGUGCUAGAGGGCACCACCCUCCACCAACUUCUAUCAGAAGAUGAGAAUCGCCUACUUGACGCAAUAGAUGAGCUUAGGUCUCAAGGCGUUGGGAAACUGCUUGGUGAACCCGGCCAACCUGGCCUUCCUCAACUUAUCGUGUGCGGUGACCAGUCAUCUGGGAAGAGCUCGGUAUUGGAAGCAUUAACGCGCGUGCGCUUCCCUACGAAGAGCAGUGUUUGUACAACUUUCCCAACCGAGCUUCGAUUACGCCGAGAGUCCAGAUAUCGAAUCAGCUGUCGGAUCAAAGCCGCCUCAUCGCGAACUCAGGAAGACAAAGACAAACUUGCCAGAUUCCAAGCAUCGUUCGACUCACCGGAAAGCUUCCCAGAUUUGAUUUCGGCUGCGCGUAAAUGCAUGAGUGAAACUACGGCCGGAAACGGAUCCGCGUUCUUUGAGGAUGUUCUCGAAAUAGAAAUAGUCGGCCCCAAAAUUGCGCCUCUUACCAUUGUCGACCUUCCGGGUCUUAUCCACUAUCGAGGAACUUCGUCGGGCGAACAAGAUAUUAAACUGGUUUCCAGCCUUGUCCAAAGUUACAUGGAGCAGAAGAACAGUAUUAUCCUAGCCAUUGUCUCAGCCCAUAACGACAUCAACAACCAAAUCGUGUUGAGUCUUAUCGAGAAGAUCCCUAAUGGAAGCAGCCGAGCUCUGGGGAUCAUCACUAAACCUGAUGAGUUACCAUCCGGCUCAGAGAAAGAGCAGGAAUAUAUGGACUGUGCUCGUACAAAUCCGAGUAAAUUUCAAUACGGUUGGCAUGUUGUGCGCAAUCGUAGUUAUGAGGAGCAAGCGAGCACAUUUGAAAAGCGAGACGAAAGGGAAACUGAGUUCUUCAAAAACAGCGCUUGGGCCUCUCUGUCUCGGCGAGAGGUGGGUCUCGGUGUCGACACAUUGCGACAGAAGUUGAGUAGGAUGCUACUCGACCAUAUCGCUUUAAGCCUUCCCUCGAUCGUGCGACGGCUAGAAGAAGACCUCUCCAAAAGCGAGAGCGAGUUGAAAAGAUUGGGAGAAGGCCGCAGCACACCAAAAGAUCAACAGAACUAUCUUUCAGAUAUCAGCGACAACUUCACCGAGUACACAAAAGAAGCUCUUGAAGGAAGAUAUCACCGCAGAUCAUUUUUUGGAGACCCCUUCUUGUCAGAAGGACUCGAGAAGCGAUUGCGUGCCGUCGUUCGUAAUCUAAACGAUGAAUUUGCGACCUCAAUGCUGCAGAAGGGGCAUAAGUGGCAUGUAGUUGAAGACGUGGAGAUGGCUCUCAAAGCUUCGAAAAUUGAUCACCCAAAUGUUAUAUCUAAAUCGGUCUUCCUCAAGAAACAUGUGGAUACGUUGGCACAUCAUGAAAGGGGAAAUGAGCUCCCGGGAAUGUCCAACCCUCUUUUGGUUGGAUCAUUAUUUCAUCAACAGUCCGAGCCUUGGGAGAGUAUCGCUUCUGCCCAUUUGGCCUCUGUUUGGAGCGCCGCAAAAGAUUUUUUGGAACUUCUGCUCAGUCAUCUAACGGAUGAUCGAACUCGGAACCAAUUACUGAUCCACAUCAUUGAUCCGGCAAUGGAAGCGCGACGCCAAACCAUGCGUACCAAGCUCGAAGAACUCCUAGUGCCACACCGCGAUCAUGAUCCGGUCAACGUGGAUCCUAAUUUCGCCCGUAAGAUAUGGUCGGCGAGAGAAAGUAGAAUCGCUAAACCUAUCGUUGAAUCGGUUCGGCAACAAUUCGUACUCAGCACUGAUAGAACUCUCAUCCCGUCGACUGACGAGAUCAUGACUAAAAUAGGAUGGCCAAACACUCUCAUCGAUGACAAGUAUGGGUCAAAUGAGACCUUCGAAUUCAUGCGUACUUAUUAUGAGUCAACGAUGCCAAUGUUUAUCAAUAAUGUAGCAUCGCUUGCGGUGGAACAGUGUUUGCUCACUGGCCUUCCUAAAAUCUUUUCCUCUCUCAACAUCAGAGAGAUGAGCGAUGAGAGAUUAGGGCUUAUUGCUUCGGAAUCUAGAGAAACGCUCCUUGAAAGAGACCACCUCAUCGAACGAGUGAAAGUUCUGCGAAAGGGACUUCAGACCAUUAAAGUAAUACAUCCUGGUAUGUAA